AUGGCUCCAAAGUCAGAUACUUUCAACCCCAUUUUACUCCGUAACGAGACCCAGUCCAUCCACGGAACAGAAAUACCCUCAGUUGCUGGAUUUGUGCAAGCGCCGGCUGUUCCUAGACGGAUUACCCGUAGUUACCGGACGACUACCACCGAUCCCGGCAGCCGCUCGUUUCGGCCAGGUUCGCAACCCUACCAGUUUUACCCUACCGUGGAGCCCGAAUCUGACACUUUUCCCAUCGCGAGGAAAACCGUUACGCCAAGGGCUCAAUACUAG